CCGGCCGUCCAUUCAAAUGGCCACGAUGCCGAUAGAUAGAAAGAGCUUGGAGUCUCCGCAGUGAUCUUCCGUCCUGGUCACGCGCCAGGGAUCGCAGGGCUUCCAUCGCAUCGGUCCUUCCUCGCGAUGCGACCGGCGAGGAUUGAAGCGCAGUGUUAGGGUUUACUCUCCUGUUGCUCUCUCCUGUCUCUCUCGAUCUCUCGAUCGAUCGACAGCGAAGAUGCGAUUUCCAAGGCUCUGGCAGCGCGGAGGAGUUUUGACCUCUCUCGGGAGCUCCGAUCGAGGCUAGGGUUGAAAUUUCCCCCCUUCAUCCAUCCAUGGCUCCUCCAAACACGAGCUAUGUCGAAGUGGGAGAGGCGCCGGCGCUGCUGGAGAGCGAGACGACCGAUGUGGUUGCAGAGGAGGCUGGCGCAUUCGUCCUGCCGCCAAAGAUCCCCGUGCCCGCCGCACUGUCGAGCAAAUUUGGGGGCUCGCCCCCCGCCAGCGUCUACGAGCUCCUCGAGUGCCCAGUCUGUACCAAUUCCAUGUAUCCUCCCAUCCAUCAGUGCCCGAAUGGUCACACUUUGUGUUCUACGUGCAAAGUCCGCGUCCACAACCGCUGCCCGACUUGCCGAUACGAGCUCGGGAACAUCCGGUGCUUGGCUCUGGAGAAAGUUGCCGAGUCCCUCGAGUUGCCAUGCCGGUACCAAAGCCAUGGCUGCCCGGAGAUCUUCCCCUACUACAGCAAGCUCAAGCACGAGUCCCAGUGCUCCUUCCGGCCUUACAAUUGCCCCUACGCGGGAUCUGAGUGCUCCAUCACCGGAGACAUCCCGACUCUCGUCGCCCAUCUCCGGGACGAUCACAGAGUUGACAUGCACAAUGGCUGUACCUUCAACCACAGAUACGUGAAGUCCAAUCCACAGGAGGUCGAGAACGCGACAUGGAUGCUCACUGUUUUUAAUUGCUUUGGCCAACACUUUUGCCUCCACUUCGAGGCCUUCCAGCUCGGGGUGGCGCCCGUGUACAUGGCCUUCUUGCGAUUCAUGGGGGACGACAACGAUGCCAAGAACUUCAGCUACAGCCUCGAAGUCGGAGCCAACGGGCGCAAGUUGAUGUGGCAGGGAGUUCCCAGGAGCAUCCGGGACAGCCAUCGUAAGGUCCGAGACAGCCACGAUGGUUUGAUCAUCCAGAGAAACAUGGCACUCUUCUUCUCUGGAGGGGAUAGGAAGGAGCUCAAGCUUAGAGUGACUGGCCGGAUCUGGAAGGAGCAAUGACAGGGCAGUUUUGAGUGGAUGGGGCUGUAGGAGAUAGUUGUACAUUAUCAUCACCAGCAGGAAGAAUUCUUCUCCGAGGUUUGGGAUUUUAGUUUAGAACUUGGGCUUUGGAUCGAUCAGGGCCUGGCAGGAGAAUGAGCUUGGUUAGUGGAAGCUGUAACAGGGAAGCUUGGUCAAGUCUGAGCAUACUAGAAACACUGGCAAAAUGGAAAAUCCUUCCUUGAAAA